AUGUCAUCCUCUCUUAUGAAAUUGAUGGGUGGUGGCAAUCUAAAUUCCCUAGUUUGCAAGAUUGUGUUUUUGUUUAUUGCUGUUUUGAUCCUAAGGUCUCUAUUGUUUCCUUCCAACAACCUUGUUGUAUAUAUGACCAAUAAGAAUGUUUCAUCCUAUGGUUUUGUUGUUGAACAACAAAAGUUUUUGGAGGUUCCACAGAUUGUGUGGGGAUUAAACAACCAAAAGAUUGCAUUUGCAAGGGCUUGUCUCACAGCUAGAAUGUUGAACAGAACUCUAUUGAUGCCUAGUCUUAGUGCUUCCUUGUUCUACAAGGAAGUUGAUCUUUUGAAACCAAUUUCAUUUGACAAGGUUUUCCAAUUUGACAAGUUUAAUGAACUAUGCAGCGGUUUUGUCCGAUUGGGCCGUUACUCGGAUCUCACGAACGCAACAGGAGUGAUCGAAAUCCAGAAAGGAAGUGGUAGAAAGUGGACUCUGGAGAGGGAUUUGGAUCACUUGAGAGAGGUUAAAGAUGGUUCAUUUUAUGACUAUGAGGUGGUUAAGAUUGUUGGGAAAAACCCUUUUUUGUGGCAUGAUCAUUGGCCUGUUAUGGAUUACGCUAAGGUUUUCGAGUGCUUGGUUUUGGUUGAUGAGAUUUCGCGAGAAGCUGAUAGAGUUGUGUCUAUGAUUAGAGAAGUUGGAAACAAUGAUAGAUAUGUUGCUGUUCACAUGAGGGUAGAAAUUGAUUGGAUGAUUCAUUGCAAGAAAUUGGAGCAAAGAUUGAACACAAAUCAAAUAUGUAGUAGCAAGAAUGAGAUAAUCGAAAGAGUUGGGAACAUUGAAGGUCUUAAUAAGAGUCCUCCAAUUGUUCUUUAUCUUGCGGUGGCUGAUAAACUUCUUCAAAACUCUUCAAUACUUGAAGGUUGGAAACAAGGUUUUUUACCUUAUGAGAAGAAGAAACUUGGUGUUGAUAGAAUCUAUGGAAAAUAUUCUUAUUUAGUUCAGUCUGCAAUUGAUUAUGAAGUGUGUUUGAGAGCUGAUGUGUUUGUUGGGAACAGUUUUUCUACUUUUUCAAGCCUUAUAGUUCUUGAAAGAACACAAAAGAUGAUGAAAUUGGGUGUGAAUGAAAUGUGUGGAAGUGAUGUAAAAUGGCCUUCUUUUGCAUAUAAUAUACAAGGUGAAUUGAAUGGUCCAGUGAGAUGGGUUACAAAUAUGUCUGAUUCAAGUCUUCAAGCUAUCAGCUAUGGCACUAAUCACAUUUCGUGUUAA